AUGGGUCACCGACAUGAUGUAACACCGCAGACCUUUGAAGCCAUUCGAACGGUUGAAGUGGAAAAGAUUUCCAGCCUAACAGAAACAGAAAUAAGACCACUUUUACCAUGUCUAGUCCGAAUGUCGUUAUGUGCGCCCCUCGAUGCGAGCGAAGAAUGGGUGGAGGGAAGGAAACACAUACUAAAAAUACUGUCUGGCAUGGAGAUUGUUAACUCCAUCGUCGCUCUGCUGUCUGUUGAUUUCAAUGCACUAGAAGUUGAUGCAAGAAAAGAACAGCAUCUCAGACAAAAGGCUGGAGACUCUGAGAGUUUGUUAUCUUCACUUCCGUGUCCAGCUUUGGAGUUUGAAAGAAGUGAUCCAGCAAGAAGACUUAGAAUUAUUAUCAGUGAAUUAAUGAAUAUAAUGAAUCAG